GGGACAAUCACCUCCCUGUCCCUGCUGGCCACCCCUCUCCUGAUGGAGCCCAGGAUCCCAUUUGCCUUUCGAACUCUCCUUUCAUUGUGUUCUUCCAAGAUUGUCACAGAACCAGGAGAGUGCGGUGAGCUUCCUGAGAGCUGGGCUGACAUGCAGGAACCACUGCUGGAGGGGAUGUGCUUCACUCUGAAGUAUCUAGGCAUGACACUGGUAGAGAAACCCAAAGGAGAGGACAUGGCAGCUGCUGCCAUCCGCCGGAUCGUUGCCACGGCACGGGUGGGAGCUCGCAAGUUCCAGAAGGUGAUUCUGACAGUGUCUCCAAGGGGCAUCUCACUGCAGGACGCCGACACGAAGGAGAUGGUUGAGAACAUCUCCAUCUACAGGAUCUCCUACUGCACAACAGACAAGCUGCAAAACAAAGUCUUUGCUUAUGUUGCUCAGAGCCAGGAGAGCGGGGCGCUGGAGUGCCAUGCCUUCCUGUCACCCAAGAAGAAGAUUGCCCAGGCUGUGACUCUGACGGUGGCCCAGGCCUUCCAAAUGGCACUGGAUCUCUGGGAAGCAGCAAAUGCAGGCUCUAGGCAGGAACAGCCCCUUCACCCUCCAUGUGUCUUGGAGCGCAGUGAGCCCAGCAGAGCAAGUGAGCCAGCUCCCCCGGGGAGCCCUCCCUUCAGACACCAGUUUGGGGAGCCUCUGAAUGCUUGCUUCUUGACUUCGUGCUUCCAGCAUUGGCCCAGUCUGGCAGUGGUUGGGGCCAUCGUUGCUUGCAGCGUGCUCCAGGUGGUUCUCUGCCUGGUCCUCCAGCUGGGACAUGCUCACCCUGCUCCAGUCUCUAGGCAAAGGUGUGCUGUGUGCAGCAGCCAUCUCAGCUUGGUGGCUCAUCCCCAGUUCACGCCCUGUGUUUGGUGCUCUGCUGGCUUGGGGAAUGUGAGGAGAACCUUGGUCUGUCUCUUCCCUUGUGUGGCUGUGUCUGAGCUCCAAGGAUUUCAUCAGCCCAGUACUGCAGGUGCUGGGGACAGCCCUGCUGCCCCAGAAGAGGCUCUGGGCAUCCCAGUCUGGAUCCUGGUAGAGACCUACUUUUCUGUUUGUUUGCUUGCUUGCUUGCAAGGAGGAGGAAGAGGAGGAGGAAGAUGAAAACCUUGAUGAAACUUUAUCUGGGUAAGUGGUGAGCUGGUGCCUGUAUGUAAGGAGCACUCUCGUGAGCCCUGUCUUGAUUCCUUCUCCAUGUCCCAAGCACGGGGUACUGCUGAAGCCACAAGUUUUGUGGGAGCUAGGAUGAAAUCUGUGGGGGAACUUCUGCUGUUUUCUCUGUCUCUGUCAGCUGAGGUUGGAUGUACAGGAAGCUAAGGUAUGGAGAGACAGAUUUUGCAGUUCAACUCUUGCAGUGGGGGGUUGAUACUUACCCUGAGGACAUGAGUACAAGAGAGAUCUCUGGGUAUGUUUCUGCCACUCUUUGCUGAGGACAGCCUAUCCAGAUGUGCUUCCCAUGUUGAGUCCAGAGCUGGCCCUUUCCUUCCCCUGAUUUCUGUGGGCAUAGGCCAGGUUGGAUGCCCACUCAUGCUGAUGGUGUGGACUAGGAGCUGGGACUGAGCUUGGGAGGAGGUCAGAAGUGGAGGAUUAACCCAUAGGUCUUUGCAGAAGUGCCUGUAGUGAUGGGUUUGCUGAGCCUGUUCCAUUAUGGCUGUUCUCAUGCACCUGUUAAGCCGGUGCCUGAGGGGUCCAGCAAUGUCAGCAGGCUGAGAGUGCUCUAAGUAGGGUCACCCAGGGAUCAACGUGUGCAAAGUGUAAAGGUGUAUAUGUGUCCUUUUGAUGUGGCCACUUGUUCCUGGGGGAUUCUUGAUGGGAAGAGACGUGGCUUUGCAGCAUCAGGGCAGGAUGGCCUGGGGAAGGGGUUUGGUAGCGAGUAGGUUAGGGCCUUCUGCAGUCUGAGUGCCUAGUACUGCUGGGUCUGCACUGCCAGGGUCAUGAGCGUGGGUCUCUCAGCAGGUGCUUGCUUGGAGAUGAUGGGUGCUCUGUUCUCUUCCAAAGCUGCAUGGAGGAGCUGGGGAGGGGAGCCCAUGGAC